UCCCAGAUACUACUGUUUGAUCAUUGUUUGGUUCAAUAAUUGAGUGUUACAGUUCGCUGUUUCAGUUGUCUUUACUCUUUUAGCUUCAGUUCCAAUGGCAGAUUCUCUGAUGUUCUUCUCAAUAUUCCCAUAUAUUAGUUUUUCAUACCUAAAUUUAUUUUCCUGAAACGAAGGAAAUAUCAAAUCCAUGUUCAAUCUCAUAACUCCAUGAACGUUUAUUCUGCUCUCUUAUUGGACCUGGUCUUCAGUGUCUUAUCUCAAUCUUUGUUCAUGAAAUCUCGUAACAAAUAUUCAUGGAGGAUUUGAGGUUGAGGGAUAAGUCAGCACAAAGUAGUGGAAGAGUUUUUUUGUUUUGAGAAAUUUAGAGAGAUGGAGUUUCAAGAAGCGUUGAUGAGGUUGAUGGUUCACAAGAAGAGUUCAGAGUCGACGGAGACGACGAGAAGUCCCAGACACAGAUGGAAGAUUUCCUUCUACAGAUCAUCUUCAUCGAUUACUGCAAAAACUCAACAGCAAGAGCCGAAGAAAAUGUUGCAGACUCCGAAAGAGUUUCUUUGUCCCAUUUCAGGCUCUUUAAUGGCGGACCCGGUUAUAGUUUCUUCUGGUCACACCUUUGAACGAGCCUGUGUUCAUGCUUGUAAGACUCUAGGCUUUACACCAGCUUUAGUCGACGGUACCGCACCAGAUUUCUCCACUGUCAUCCCUAACCUCGCGCUCAAGUCUACCAUUCUCAACUGGUGUGAGAAAAAUUCUGUAAGUCCCCCAAAACCUAUUGAUAUUUUAUCUGCAGAUAAGCUUGUUUGUACAUUAAUGGCGACUACCCAUAAAAAGGAAGAAAAUGAAGAGAAAGAGUUGAUUCGAGGACUUAAAGAAAACCCUUCACUGAAUUUCAGUCACGCUGUCACUGACUUAACUCGUCGUCCCGGAAAAUUCUUCGCUAUUUCAUCAGAGGUUUCCGUGCCAACCACCGCCACCGUGCCAACAACUCCGCCUCUACAACUCGCAACUCGGCCGAGUUGCUACUCUUCAGCCUCCUCGUCCGAACUGGAAACCUCAACCCCUCACCCACAACCCAAUUCAGAAGAAGAGUUCGUCGCAAAACUCAAAAGCCAACAAGUUCAUGAACUCGAAGAAGCUGUAAUUUCAUUAAGAAAGAUCACAAGAACGAGAGAAGACAGUAGAGCAACUCUCUGCACAACACGUUUACUCUCAGCCCUACGAUCUUUGAUCAUCUCCAGAUACACCAACAUUCAAGUGAACUCAGUUGCAGCAUUAGUGAACUUAUCGUUGGAGAAAGCCAACAAAGUGAAGAUCGUACGUUCAGGAAUCGUUCCGCCGUUGAUUGAAGUGUUGAAGGGAGGAUCUCUGGAGGCUCAGGAGCACGCUUGCGGCGCAAUCUUCAGUUUAUCCCUCGACGAUAACAACAAAACUGCCAUUGGAGUCCUCGGAGCUCUGCCGCCUCUUUUACACUUGUUACGUUCGGAGAGUGAGCGGACUCGGCACGACUCGGCCUUGGCUUUGUACCAUCUUUCACUCGUCAGAAGUAACAGAACAAAAUUGGUUAAACUCGGGUCGGUUAAUGUCUUACUGGGCAUGGUGAAGUCCGGUCAGAUGGUGGGUCGGGUUUUGAUCAUACUGGGAAACUUGGCGGCGUGCCCUGACGGGCGGGUAGCGUUGUUGGAUUCGGGUGGGGUCGAGUGCAUGUCGGAUAUGUUGAGAGAUUAUAGUGAGUUGAAUGAGUCAACUCGGACGAGUUGUGUGAAUGUGUUGUACGGACUGAGCCACGGUGGUUUGAGGUUCAGGGGGCUGGCGAAGGUGGGGGGCAUGGCGGAGACGCUGCGGACGGUGGAGAGAGGAGGCAACCAGCAAGCGAGGGAGAAGGCGAGGAGGAUAUUGGAGAUGAUGAAAGGGAGAGGGGACGAGGAGGAGGAGGAGGAGGAUAUGGAUUGGCAGGAACUGCUUGAGUCAGGGCUAACGAGUCGGACUCGGUUUGGGCCGAGUACGGGAAGGAGUGAGUCAAUAGUGAACUCGUCCGAGUUUUGAGUAGAGUGUAUUAUUGACUUUAUUAUUCUUUGGUUGUUUGAGUUGUAAUUUUGGGUUUGAAUUGUAAUUAAAUCUCUUUUUUUUUUUUUUUAAGAGAAAAAUAUAAAGAGAUAGUCUUUGUAAAAUAAAAGAACAAGAAUAAAGUGCCAUUUGUAAGUAGCUGUAGCAUAUGGGUUUA